ACCUGUCAGUAAAUCAACACAACUAUUCGAAAUCACCACGCCACACGGCAUCAAAAAUUGUUUCUCUCUAAAAAAGUUUUGGUACUGUUUGUAUUAAACAUUGAUUGUAAAUGGAGACCAAAGGUAUUAUUGUAACUUUCUCAGUUAUCGUAAUCGUGCUUUUGAUACUCGACAUUAUCUUGGUCGUCGGCAUUUUAAUCACGCGCAGAUUCAAUUAUUACGAAAAAAUUUAUCAAAUUCCAGCAGAUCCUGUCAUUCUUCCUUCUCUAGGAUUUAGAUCAUGGAAACCCGCACGCUUCUCAUAAUUAUCGGCGUAUUCGCAAUUCUCGGCCUCUGUGUUAUGAAUAUUAUAAUCCUUGCAUACAUUAUCGAUAAUCCGUACAAGUACACAACCACAACAACGACUCCAAAAUCUUCCUUUAACGUAACUCAAGCAGCUGCAGCCGUUGGCGGAGAAGACGCUUAAGCAACUUAGCCCCAGAAAUAUUCCAAACGGAAUAUACAAAAGGACAUUAACAAAUAAUAAUUUACGGAAACAUCAAAAACCAUCAAGAAACAAAAAUCACAUUUUAAGCCACAAUAAUGGAGAAAACUACAAUAAUUACAAUCGGUCUGGUCCUCAUUGUAUUUCUGUUCCUGAUGCUGUUGACCCUAAUCGCGAUGUUCCUUUUCCGCGGCGAGUCAAAGAAGAGUUACAACGCGCGGAGCGGUCACUAACCGCAUUUCACAUUUUGAUUAUUCAGCAUUUCGUUUCAGCAUAUAUCACACCCCAACACUGGCGAUGGCUCGGCUUCUUCACAAAUUCAGAUUCAGAUCAGUGUCGCGCGGCGCACAGCGGUGUCAACUUGUUGUGCAGCAGAGUGCGAGUAUCCAUAUACCCAUUACCCAUUUAAAUCACGGACCAGACCGGACCAGACCGGACCACACCGGACACCGAGCCGAGGCCAACGCCAGCACAGAUCCCGACACAGAGGACAGCCUCACAUACAUAACAGCGUACGGAGCACGCUGAACUCGAUAUACGGAUUUUUAAAUCGAUCAGCAGGCUCAUACUCACCAGAAACCGACGAUCCUUGAAGCGAUCGACACACCUACACAUCCACAUCCACACCUGCAACUUCUACAUUCGGAGCCCGAAGUCGCACCGCCGCUGAACUGAGGAAGAAACGGCCAGUCAAGUUUAACAAGAGUGGAAGAAUGCCGACCAUCACCGAGGACUGCAUCGAUGGCUUCCAACAGUACUAUGCCCGGCCACCGGAGAGGCCCAAGAAGAAGUCCCUGAAGCAGAUGAUCCACGAUUCCGAGGAUAACUCCUACUUUGGUCGCUCCAUCGACAGCUGGGCUAAAAUCGGAAUCUUCUAUGUGGCCUUCUACGGAGUACUCGCCGCCCUGGUGGCCAUCUGCAUGUGGGCCUUCUUCCAAACCCUCGAUCCUCGCAUACCCAAAUGGACACUAGACCGUUCCCUGAUCGGCACCAAUCCAGGUUUGGGUUUCCGCCCCUUGCCCCCGGUGGACAACGUGGAGAGCACCUUGAUCUGGUACAAAGGCACCCAGCACGAGAACUACAAACACUGGACAGACUCCCUCGAUGAUUUCCUAGCGGUUUACAAAGUUCCCGGCCUUACUCCCGGCCGUGGCCAGAACAUCUACAACUGUGACUACAACCAGCCGCCACCAAAGGGUCAGGUUUGCGAUGUGGACAUCAAGUCGUGGUCUCCAUGCACCAAGGAAAACAACUACAGCUACCACAAGAGUGCCCCGUGCAUCUUCCUGAAGCUCAACAAGAUAUACGGCUGGAUACCAGAAUACUAUAACGAUUCACGUGACCUGCCGGAGUCCAUGCCCUCGAGCCUGAAGACCUACAUCGGGGAGAUGGAGAAAACCCAGCCACACAAGCUAAACACAAUCUGGGUGUCGUGCGAGGGCGAGAACCCAGCUGACCAGGAAAACAUUGGUGCUGUCAAUUAUCUGCCGAUCAGGGGCUUCCCCGGCUACUUCUAUCCUUACCAGAACUCCGAGGGCUAUCUGAGUCCCCUGGUGGCCGUUCACUUCCAACGUCCGAAACGCGGCAUCAUCAUCAACGUCGAGUGCAAGGCUUGGGCUCGCAACAUUAUCCACGAUCGCAAGGACAGAAUCGGUUCCGUGCACUAUGAGCUGCUAAUCGAUUAAUUGUUUUAAACGUUAACCCAUUACAUAAUGUAUAACAGAUUGUGUGAGGAGCAACAAUCUUGGAGUAGAGUGGAGAGGAACAGGCGGUGACAGACAAUCCCAACAGAGCCACCCUGUUUAGAUGUUUUGUGGUUGCUUUUUAAAUCCGUAUUUUCGACAUUGCAAGCUUUGUAAAAUGUUUUAUUUCCCUAUAAUUAACAUGCAUUAAAUCAUUCGCAACACAACAAUUCCGCCUAGAAAGAAUAUAUACCGCCUAAAAUAUACAAAUUUUGAACUAUGA